UAAGCUAAAAGUUUGUUUGUUUAACAAUAAAUAAAAUAAGAUGUACUUUGCUUUGGAAUAAAAAACAUUGUAUUAACUUAUACCUUUCUUUGAUGGGGCUUUUGACUUUGAAGUGGCGGCAUCAUUGGCUGCAGUGUGACGGGUCGGGGGAGGAGUUAGAUCAGAGGAUUCAUCAUCAUCAUCCUCAACCAACGCAGCCUGAAAUUCUGAGGGAAGAAACAUACAAAUAUGUCAAACACAGUUGAAUGCAUCUGCUUCCUGUAUGACUUCCUCACAGUUGAACACUAAAGUUAAGCAACACUGUGAUGUGCCAGUAAACAACCUACCAUUGCUCGUUCAGAGGGCCCUGCAGAGGAGUGCGCCUCGUUUUCUUCAGCAUCGACAAAGGCGAGCUCAUUUCACCUGAGACAGGAUAGGUAGAUAGAUAUUUAGGCUUCGGGGUUUUCUUAUCUGGAUCGAGAAAAGGCCUCUUCUCAGGGUUUUGUUUUGUUUGGAGUCCGUUGCCAGGGCGAGCAACAGACCUUGCAGACCGAGGUCUGUAGUUCCUGCUUCAUCUGCAGGGGGUCGCUGAUACCACCACUCAUUGUCUCUCUCUCUCACACACACUUGUCAUGCGUGUAAACUCUUAUGUUGUGUUUUGAUGAAUUGUCUCGUGACUGUUUCUUUUGCAUGAAACAAGCAACAACAAAAAGAUGAAAAAAUAUAUAUUUUAAUAGGACCAAUUUAUGAAAUGAAUAAUGAUGCAGUAUGAGUUUUGUUAUGCUUUAGACAUAUAUUGAUGUCCAAACUGUUAUUGGCACUGAAUGGCUGUGGUGCCAUGGUCCUCCGGUCUGGUUGCUGUGGUCAGCCACUAGUCGGCCCGGUGCGGUGCAGCCAUACUGUCCCGUUCAGCCGCGCUCGCUGUGGGGAGUGAGCGGGGCAUUCAGAGGGGAUGUUGAGGCCUGCCAGUCCCGGUGCACACCCGUCCUUAACCCGGGGCUACUAGGCUGGUCCGGGCUAUGGCUGCACCUGUCGCACAUUUCGACGACGGCUGGCCGCUUCUGGGUGAUUUGAGCAUGGUUUCAGACCGGACGCUGCUGCCGCACAAAGGCCGCGUAGCCGCCGCGGGGGAAGCCGCUCCACGGCUCCUCUUGGAUGAUGAUGGCGGUAUCCCCGAGCUACGAGACAGCGGCUUCUCCCCCGGGGAAACCACCGGCGCUUUCAGGUCCAUGGAGGACCUGGUAAACGAUUUUGACGAGAAGUUAUCGGUGUGCUUCGGAAAUUUUAACGCCAAAACGGACAGCAUCGCUCCGGUGACUGUGAUAACAGAGGACUCGCUGCUGGAGAAAGACGAACUCUGGAAGGUUUUGAGCGGUAACUAUGGGCGCGUGAUGCCGGUGGAUUGGAAACAGUCUCGAACGUGCGCCCUCCACGUCCCCACAUUCAACCUGGAGGAGAAACCCAGAAAGACUGAUGUCACGGCGGAGCUGUCGGACGACGAGGAGCUGAGGGAGCAGCUGGACAUGCACUCCAUCAUCGUCUCCUGCCUCGCAGAGGAGCCCCUCUUCACAGCAGAGCAGGUCAUCGAGGAGAUAGAAGAGAUGAUGCAGGACUCUCCUGACACGGAGGCAGGGCCCAAUCCCUCUCAGUCGGACCUGUCGAUGCUCUCGCUGGACGUCCAGCGGGCCACCAGGAGCCCCAGCUACGAGUCCAGAGUGAGGACGCUGAGUGUUGCAGAGCUGAAUGAAAGUCUGGAGGAGACUGAGACGAACAUCAGGAUGUUCUCAGAGGAGCUGGUGCAGCAGCUGGCUCUCAGGGACGAGCUGGACUUCGAGAAAGAGGUGAAGAACAGCUUCAUCUCUGCGCUCAUCGACGUGCAAAACCGACAGAAGGAGCACCGGGAGCUGCUGAAGAAGAAGAAGAAGCUUAAAGGCGGAGCUGGGACGUCGCAGGGCCACGCGGAGAAGACGCUCGGAUCGUAUUUGACCACAGUCAUCCCUUAUGAGAAAAAGGGACACCCUCCGUCGCUAGAGGACCUCCAGAUCCUGACUAAGAUCCUACAAGCCAUGAGAGACGACAGUGACAAGGUGCCCAGUCUCUUAACAGACUAUAUUCUCAAAGACUCUGCAAACAGUGCUGCGAUUGAGGAGCUGAAGAAACAGAUUACUGACAUUGUUCAAGAGCUGAAUUUGCUGAAAGAGCAGCAAGCUUUACACACAGUUUGUCUGCGAGGCACCAAGGUCCUCGGCAAGUGUUUCCUGGCUGACCCGCUGAAGAAGACCUUCCACGCAGCCAGCGAGGACUGCAUCGCCAAGGGAGGCACUCUGAGCACUCCUCUCAUAGGAGACGAGAACGACCAGCUCUACAACUACGUACGUCAGAGCAUCGGCCCAGAGGAGCACAUCUGGCUGGGCGUCAAUGACAUGGUGACCGAGGGCCAGUGGGUGGACCAAUCGGGCUCCAGCGUGCGCUUCAAGAACUGGGAGACGGAGAUCACCCUGCAGCCGGACGGAGGCCGCAGCCAGAACUGUGGCAUCCUCUCCACCACAGCCAACGGGAAGUGGUUCGAUGAGAGCUGCCGAGCUGAAAAGGCUUCCGUGUGCGAGUUCAACAUCAUCUGAGGGCUGGUGUCUGACGUUAAGAUAAACACUGAUGUGAACGUUGAAUACUUUUUGCAGAGAAGAAUGAAACAUGUAGAGUAUCAGGUAAAUGUAUGCAAUGCUUGCGUACGUGCUGCAUCUUUUCUUAAGCUCUUGACCCAAGAGAUGUGCAUGGCUGGUCUGGGAUACGGUAUGUCAUUGUGUAAGAUAAACAUGUUGCAUACAUUCAAUAAAGUCCUGUUCUCAAAUGCUCCAGCAUAUUUAGAUAUUCAUCAAGGUAAACAGCACUGGAUGGCUUGUCUUUGUUAUAUGUAUUUUUAUGUUAUCUGCUAAUCAAUCCAAUUAAACUACUUUUACUGAAGAACAAUAGCCACGAGUGCCUUUUCUGAGGCCCUCUUUAUUUCUAUUACUGUAUGUAAAGUUAUGCUGCUUAUAUUACAUUAUAUAAUAAACAUGUGUCUCCUCAGUUGUAGACUUCGCAUUGUCUUGCUCACAAACUCAGUCGAUGUAAUGAGACUCUUUUGCUCAUCAGAAGGAAAGGUUAG